ACAAAUCCAUUUCCCUGGACUUUCGAUUUUAGGGUUAGGUUUAGGGUUUUUGGACUUGAAAGCCAUGUCGACGUCCACCAAAACGGCACCGUCUCAGACACCCCAGCAGAGCAAUGCCAAGCCUGGUCUCAGGAAGCCCGUGUUCACCAAGGUCGAGUUGCUCAAGCCGGAGACCAGCGGCCACACGCUCGUCGCCAAGGUCCUGAGCUCGAACCCUGUGCUGCAGAAGGGCCGAUCGGUGUCGCAGCACCUUCGCCAGACUCGAAUCUCUGAGUGCUUGAUUGGGGACGAGACUGGAACCAUUCUCUUCACUGCCAGGAACGAUCAAGUUGACUUGAUGAAGCUUGGUGCAACUGUAAUUCUCCGCAAUGCAAGGAUUGACAUGUUCAAGGGAUCGAUGAGGCUAGCAGUUGAUAAAUGGGGACGUAUUGAGGUCACUGAACCUGCAAACUUUGUAGUCAAGGAGGAUAACAAUCUCUCUUUAGUGGAAUAUGAGCUGGUGAAUGUUCAGGAGGAAGGAGGGGCGCCGCUUGGCAAUUAGUAUAUUGUGAGUGAAGAAUCAAAAUUCAUAAAGCGUCGAUGGUUGGUUUUGGUUUUAUUUCCAUAGUAAUCUGCUGUUGGUGCUACUUGCUUAUAUCGUAUUGAUGGAAGUUUAGUUUGGGAAUGGCUCGAAGAUGUUUUUCGUGAAAAAAAGACUUGGUGACGCUUUAAUAUAAUAUUAUUAUCAUGACCUGACCCUAGGGUUUUGUUAGAUGUGGCAGGAACAGCUUUUGUUUUUAUGAAAGAUGAAAAUGUAAGAAAAUGUUCAUCACCAAGCAAGUGUUUCAAUGAUUUCUUCUCA